UCUCCACGUCAUCAAAUGUGUUCCGGAUGCAGACCAGGAAAUGAGACACACCAGCUUGGAAGCUAGUUAGCUAGAUAAUACUAACUUGGGAAGUCCGUUUUAAAAGUGGAAAAAAGCGUUUACUGCUGUGUACUGCAAUUUGACAGUACUUGCAAGGGGAUUUGUUCGCGUAUUGGAGAAAAUGGAGGCAGACGAAGAUACAGCUGAUAUCAAGUCGACGUUGAAAAACCAAGAUUUAAGUUUCCUUCAGUCAAACGUCGCUGUUCUGUUGUCGGAGUAUGGCUGGUAUCUUGUGUUCUUAUGUAUUGGAAUUUAUGUGGUCCUUCAACACUUGCUUAAGAAAAGGCCCCGUCAGGAGCAGAGUGGUACUUCUGGAGACCCAGAUCCUGUAUCUGUAGUGAGGCGUCAAGAAGCAAUGGAAGCCGCACGGAAAAAGAUGCAAGAGGAGCUAGAUGCAAAAGCUGCUCUUUUCCUUGAAAAGCAACGGGAGCUUGACGAAGAGAAGAGCAAACAGAAAAUAGAUAAGUGGGAGAGUAUGAAAGAAGGAAAGAGUUUCAAAGGAAAUUCAAAGAUUUCACAGAAUUCUGAUGAAGCCAGUUCAUCCACAGUGCUGAAGCCAAAGUCUGAUAAAAAGACUCUGCGCAAUGAUGGAUACAGUCCCCUGAGUGGUGGUGCAGGAGGCAGUUGCGCUUGGAGACCAGGGAGAAGAGGCCCAUCAGCAGGCGGAUGAGGUUAAAGUUAGUCAGAGGGAAGCAGUCACAGAGACCUUUCUCCUCUGACAUUUUGCCAAACUUUUGACUGAAUGAAGCUGUCACCUCCUACACUGUUCCAGACAUAUUGGUCCAAUUCUCAUAGCAUUUUUCUCUCUGUCAUGGUUGAGCUUUGAAGAAUCAUGGUUUAAACAAGUGCAUGGUCUCAGUUUACUUUUUAGUAUACUAGUAUACUAAUAUACUAGUAUACUAAAAAGUGACCAAACCAUUAACUUUGACAGAGACCAUCUUUUCCAACCAAGGCUUUGCACUACCCAAGCAUUACCUGUUUUUUUCCAGCAUUAUAUCUGACUAAUGGUGUGAUCAAAAUUUGUAUUACUGUUUUAUCUGACUGGGUCACAAAUGUAGUUAUGCUGAAGAUCAAAUGACAGUGGAAGGUAACCUUAGGAGGAACUUAAUGUUAAGAUCAGAUCUCUGACAUUGUCUUAUGUUCCUAAAUGAGACUCAUGGUCACCGUAUUGUAUUUUCUCGAUGGCAGCAGCAGUUGUAUGCAGAUCAGGCAAAACUACUACUUGGCCUUGUUAAACUUAAAUGUCAAUACAGGUUCAUGCCAGUACAUCAUUGUAGUCUGUGUAGGGAACCAGUCUAUUACUUUACUGGAUUGGCUAGCCAUUUUACGGCAGCAUGACAUUGUAAGAUGGACAGCUUUUGAAUGACGCCUACCUUGUAAAUGGCAGUCAUGCCACUGGGGUGGGCUGAAAAUCAGUCAAGGUUUGUGUAUUUUUUUUAUUCAUUGUAGUUGAAACACUGCACUAGAGAAACUAAAUAAAUGAGAUUUAUGUUGCUUUACAGUGCUGUAUGAAUGCAUUUCUUGCAUAUCAAUCCAACAAUACUUCUCUAACCAUUUAAAAUAUACGCUCUGUUAUAGAAUUUGUUUUGCCUAAAUGUUUUGGUUGAUCAAAAUGUUUUCCUUUUAUCAUUUAUUUGCACGCAAUUAGUUUUACAAUAAAAUCCUUCAGCCAACAA